AUAAUUAAUUAGAAAUCAUGACGAAUAAGGCAAUCAUUCUUCUGGCUGUGGUGCUGUGCGCUCAGGCCGUCUUUGGUGUCACCAUCAUCAGCAAGUCGCAGUGGGGCGGACGUGCUCCCAAUGGCAAAUCCUCUCUGGCCAACUCCCUGGCAUACGCUGUGAUCCAUCACACCGCCGGCAACUACUGCACCACCCGUAGCGCCUGUGAGGUCCAGUUGAGGAACAUCCAGGCCUACCACAUGGACAGCUUGGGCUGGGCCGAUAUUGGCUACAACUUCCUGAUUGGCGGUGAUGGCAAUGUCUACGAGGGUCGUGGCUGGAACGUUAUGGGUGCUCAUGCCACCAGCUGGAACGCCAAGUCCAUUGGCAUCUCCUUCCUCGGCAACUACAACAACGAUAAACUCACCUCAGGUCAGAUCAAGGCUGCCAAGGAUUUGUUGGCUGAUGCCGUUUCCCGUGGUCAAAUCAAAUCCGGCUACACCCUGUACGGUCAUCGUCAGGUCGGCUCCACGGAGUGCCCCGGCACCAAUAUCUGGAAUGAGAUCCGCACCUGGCCCAACUGGAAGGCAUAAGCUGACCACUCAAAAAAUUGCUGCAAAAUAAAAACGAUUUUAAAUACAA